AUGGCUGCUUUUGCACUGAAUCAGCAACUACUUUGCUUCUCAAGUUCAAAUUCUAGGACGACAAUAAAACCAUGUAGUACUACAUGGUUCCUCAGCAAAACAAGCGUGUUCUGUAUUCCUCCAAAGAAGGGUCAUCUCUCUUUAACUAGUUCUACUUCUCAGUCCUCUUCUGAAGCCAAUACACAGACUGCAGAGUCCUGUGUCAACUUGGGUCUCUCUCUCUUCUCCAAAGGACGGGUUAAAGAUGCUUUAGUUCAGUUUGAAACAGCUCUUGAUUUAGAUCCCACCCCAAGGGAGGCUCAAGCUGCACUCUAUAAUAAAGCCUGCUGCCAUGCCUACCGCGGGGAAGGGAAGAAAGCUGCUGAUUGCCUACGUACUGCUUUAAGGGAAUAUAACCUCAAAUAUGGCACCAUUUUGAAUGAUCCUGACUUGGCCUCCUUUAGAGCUUUGCCUGAGUUCAAGGAAUUGCAAGAAGAGGUUAGGGGAGAAGACAUAGGUUAUGGUUUUCGUCGAGAUCUCAAACUUAUUAGUGAGGUCCAAGCUCCAUUUCGUGGUGUUAGGAGAUUCUUUUAUGUAGCAUUCUCAGCAGCUGCAGGGAUUUCACUUUUGUUUACAAUUCCAAGGCUUUUUCGUGCUAUUAAAGGUGGUGGUGAUGCCCCUGACCUCUGGGAAACUGCUGGAAAUGCUGCGAUCAACAUUGGAGGCAUUAUUCUUCUUGUGGCAUUAUUUUUAUGGGACAAUAAGAAAGAGGAAGAGCAAUUUGCACAGAUUACAAGAGACGAAACUUUGUCAAGGUUGCCUUUGCGCCUUUCCACAAAACGGGUUGUUGAACUUGUCCAGCUUCGAGACACUGCUAGGCCAGUAAUUUUAGCAGGGAAAAAGGAGACUGUUUCCCUGGCCAUGCAGAAGGCUGAGAGGUUCCGAACUGAGCUCCUCCGACGAGGUGUUCUGUUAGUUCCUGUUAUUUGGGGUGAAAGCAAGGCCCCUGAAGUAGAGAAGAAAGGGUUUGGUGUUCCUCAAAAAGCAGCUGCAUCUCUUCCUUCUAUUGGGGAAGAUUUCGAGAAACGAACUAAGUCUGUGAUUGCAAAAUCAAAGUUGAAAGCUGAAAUUCGAUUUAGAGCCGAGGUUGUAUCACCAGCUGAAUGGGAAAGGUGGAUAAGGGAUCAGCAAAGGUCUGAAGGAGUUACUCCGGGGGAGGAUGUCUACAUAAUACUGCGCCUUGAUGGUCGAGUUCGGAGAUCAGGAAAAGGCAUGCCUGACUGGCAACAAAUUGUGAAUGAGUUGCCACCAAUGGAAGCAUUCUUGAGCAAGCUGGAAAAAUAG